CGCCGGGGCGGGGCUGGGCCGCGCUGGGGCUGCUGCCGCUGGCGAGCGGCACCGGCGCGUCAGGCGUUGCCAGGGCAGCUGUGACGGUGCGACGGGGUCCUUGCGGGGGGGGGGAGAGUGUCUCCAUGGGGACGCGUGUAAACAGCGGGUGCGCAGCCAUGGCGGUGGGCCGCCCUCCGCCGGGCAGUUUCUUUCACAGGACUGCUCCUGAAUCUUCCUCAGAGACUCCAGAUUGCCAGACAUGCACCAACAGUCUGAUAUCUAUCCUGUCCGAGGAACAGAAGAACCCGCUUUCGACUAAAGGCCCUUGGUCCAUAUGGCCUGCAUUUGCAGCUGGACAGACAGUGCUAAGGAAUCACAAACCCUGCUGUGCCCCAAAGGAGAGACAGUCUAGCAAUAAACAAGCUCUUCUCACCAUUCCAAAGCCACCAUACUUGGAGCAAAUGGAGUCCUACUUAAAGAAGGAGCUGCAGGCUCUUGAGUGGAGUAAAGAGAAUGCCCAGGAACUGAAGUUACAGCCCUACAGAGAGGUCUUUGAAUUCUUCAUAGGCAGCUUCAAGACCUAUAAGCCCUUGCUGUCCGCUAUAAGGAAUGAAUAUGAAGUUACUUUGGAUUAUCAGAAGAAAAGGAUCCACGAACUGGAGCCCCUGAAGGCAAUGGUUGCAACCGCCUCGGAGGAGUGCACCCUGCAGAUACUGGCACUGCAGGAAAAGCAGAAAGAGGAAAUAAGAAUACUAGACCAGGAGAAACAACAUUUGUUAAAGAUCAUUGGCCACAUGAAGGAAGAAAAGAAUUCUCUUCAGAUUCAGGUGGAGCGUCUGCAGGCAAGCGUAGCUGAGGAAUAUUCCCGCUACCUCAAUGAGCACAGUGUCUGCAAACUGCUUCUGGAAAAACUGAAUGAUAUGAAUGCACAGCUGGACACAAGACCUCGCCAAGAACAAGCAGUGGCUGUUGUCAAGGGUGAAGAUGUGGUGAAGUUAACUUUGGCGUUGAAGGUAGCCCGGCAGGACCUCACAAAAGCCCAUGCUAUGCUGACCCAAAUGAAAGCAAGCUAUGGAGAUGACGUGCCCAGGAGAGAUUUUGAAUCACUUGAGAAAAAGUACUCCUAUUUACUUCAGAAGACAAAGACUCUGCAGAAGAAUUUUGAUCAGCUCCAUAAGGAAUAUGAAACACUUCUGGAAAUCCAAAGAGAGACUGCAGAAGAGCGAGACAACUUCCAUGCUGAACUCCAGCGAGUUCAGCACAACAGCACGCCCCGCCCAAAAUGGGAGAAGUGUUCAGCUCAGUGUCUUCUUGCGGUUGCAGAGGUGAUUCCUGGUGGAAUUGACCAGUGGCAUCGUCUGGCUGAGGGGAAGACCAGCGAUGAGCUUGUGGAUGUGCUGCUGGAAGAAAUAGGAACAAGAGUGCUAAAAGAGAUAAAGGUCUUCCAUGGACAGGGAAAAGGUGACAAUAUUCCUGUGUACCUGAGGCAUGAAGGUGAAGUCAGGAACAGAAAGCUGACUAAGAAGGAUGUGGUGAACAUCCUAAAGGAUAUCUGGAAGGAGAAAAUUGCACUAGAACAGCAGACAGGAAAAUGAUCCAGUCUGCCUGAGUUCUUUCUCAGCUACCUCCAGAAGCAGUAUGGAGAUGCCGCUGCCAUGGAAUGGUCUUAUACUCUCUUCGAGAACAUGCGGCUCUGUCGAUCAAACCACAUCCUGAGCUCAACCUACUCUGUACUCACCGGGCAGGUGGGUGAAGAACAGUACCACAGCCAGAAUCAGCUCAUUUCCAAUCUGCAGGAGGAGUUGGCUGCCUGUGAUAGCUCAGACAGUGGAUCCUUGACCAGCAAGCAGUUCAGCAUGGCUCUGAGGGAAGCUUUUCCCCUGAAAAGGAAAGAGUCAAUCCAGGAACUGGUUGAUGCAAGCAGAUGCAAGUUGGACAGCAGUGAAGACCUCAUCGACUACUUAUCCUUAUUCAAAGAGGAUGAGGAAGGGAAUGCUGAACCUUUUGUUGCCAAGCUCAGGACCCAGUAUGUCAGGGAGAAGCAGGAGUAUCUGAGACAGCUGAAGAAUAAGCUGGGAAAUGUAACGGAGGUGAAGGCAGAUGAUCUGAAGACCGCCUUCUGCAUGAUCGAUCCUGGUAUUGAUGAUCAGACGCUGGAUACCUACAUUGGCCUGGCUUAUCGGGUCCAAACAGAUGAGCCAGCCCAAGAAGUCGUGCCUGUGGAAACUGUCCUUGAGAGACUGACUGCUGGAGAUGUGAGACGAGUAGGGCCGUCACCCGGGGUGGGAAGCAUGACAGGCUUUGAAGGAGAGUGUUAAAAAUAAAUUGAAUGUUUGAUCAACAGGUUU